AAAGGCAAUAAGAAAAAGACGAAAAAAGAAGCGAAGCUGAACAUUGCCAAGCAAACGCCGAUCAAUGAACCACCAUUUCUCAACCCCCUCAAUACCAACACCCCCUAAUCCUUCCGUGAGGUGCAUAUAGCAAUUUCUCAUCUGAUUCCAAAUCUCACAUCGCAUCGAUCAUUAGAUAACUCUCGCCGUUUCCCUCUCCCAAUCGCAAGGAUUUUCAUUAUCAUCUAUGAUUUAGUCAUUUCGUGUAAUUUGAAUAGCGGGAAUGCGCAUGCAUGAGUGAUUUUGAAAGCUUCAUUGCUUAUUUGAUUGAUAUAUUUAGUUAAUGAUGGCUUCAACUGUUCUCAAUUUCGUGAACACUACGAUUGAUUGGGUGACUUAUGCUUUAGAUGCUCCUUCUACACGAGCUGUAGUUUUUGGAUUCAAUAUCGGUGGACAUUUAUUUAUCGAGGUUUUUCUCUUGGUGGUUAUACUUUUCUUGCUUUCUCAGAAAAGUUACAAGCCUCCUAAAAGGCCCUUGACAAACAAGGAAAUUGAUGAGCUAUGUGAUGAAUGGGUUCCACAACCCCUUAUUCCUUCUCUUGAUAAAGAGCUGCAGUAUGAACCAGCAGUGCUGGAAAGUGCUGCUGGGCCGCAUACCAUAAUUAAUGGUAAAGAAGUUGUCAAUUUUGCUUCAGCAAACUAUCUUGGGUUAAUAAAUCAUCAAAAAUUACUUGACUCAUGCUCGUCUGCUUUAGAGAAAUAUGGUGUUGGUUCUUGUGGUCCCCGUGGGUUUUAUGGAACAAUUGAUGUCCAUCUUGACUGUGAAGCGAGAAUAGCAAAAUUUUUAGGAACACCUGAUUCAAUUCUAUACUCUUAUGGACUUUCCACCAUGUUCAGUGCUAUUCCUGCUUUCUCUAAAAAAGGAGAUAUAAUUGUGGCGGAUGAGGGAGUCCACUGGGGAAUUCAGAAUGGCCUAUAUCUUUCUAGAAGUACAGUGGUGUAUUUUAAGCACAAUGACAUGGAUUCUUUAAGAGAAACUUUAGAGAACAUUACUUUCAAAUAUAAGGGGACCAAGAAUUUGAGGCGUUAUAUUGUUGUUGAAGCUAUUUACCAGAAUUCUGGCCAAAUAGCACCCUUAAAUGAGAUCAUUAAACUGAAGGAAAAGUAUCGUUUUCGUAUUUUACUGGAUGAGAGCAAUUCAUUUGGUGUGCUUGGAAGUUAUGGAAGAGGUCUCACUGAACACUAUGGAGUUCCAGUUGAGAAGUUAGAUCUUAUAACUGCUUCUAUGGGACAUGCAUUGGCCACCGAAGGAGGAUUCUGCACCGGAAGUGCAAGAGUUAUAGAUCACCAACGUUUGAGUAGCUCUGGCUACGUCUUUUCUGCUUCUUUGCCUCCAUAUCUUGCAAGUGCUGCAAUUACAGCUAUUGAUGUCCUUGAGGAAAAUUCCAAUCUGUUAACUAAGUUGAAGAACAACAUUGCUGUGUUAUGGAAAGGGCUGUUGAAAAUACCAGGCUUCACAAUUGCAAGUCAUCCAGAGUCACCAAUUGUUUAUUUGAGAUUAAAGAAGUCAACGGGUUCUUUGAAAGAUGACCUACAUCUGCUUGAAAAUAUUGCCGAGCGCGUUUUGAAAGAAGAUUCUGUAUAUGUGGUGGCUUCCAGAAGAUCAACAUUGGACAAGUGUCGAUUGCCUGUAGGAAUUAGAUUGUUUGUUUCUGCAGGGCAUUCAGAGUCUGAUCUUCACAAGGCAUCUGAAUCAUUGGAAAGGAUUGCGGCGUCAGUCCUUGAUGGUCAUAAUUGAACAAUGUACACCUCUCUUCUGCUUCUUCUUGUACCAAAAUGUCAGUUCUAUUCCACUUUUAGGUGAGCAAUUUUGAAAUUCAGGCUGAUAAAGGAAGUCUUGUAGCUGGUAAUUUAUGUAAUAUUUUCUCCGCUAGCUUAGGGUGACAGUAUUUUUUGGCCUGUGCUAUUCUUUGAUGUGUUAAGUGGUGGAAUAAGGAUUUUAAGUUUCUAAUCAUUAUUUGGGGAAAUGCUUGAAUUACAUUAGGCUUAAUUUUUUC